AUGGCUUAUGAGGUCGAUGGAUUUUUAAGCGUCCGCGUCCGCUUGGAUGGUUGGACCGUUGGAGUGGGAGAUGAUGACCAGAAUGCUGGGAAGGGCGAAUUAGCAAUUGGGAAACGGAAACGGAAAUCCAGAAGAGAGGUACGUCAGUCUGCCAGGUACGCGGUCGAGAGGUACGUCGGUCUGCCAGGUACGCGGUCGAGAGGUACGUCAGUCUGCCAGGUACGCGGUCGAGAGGUGACGGAGAAUUGGGAGAUUUGGGAUCUGGCGGUCGCAGGUAGAGGCAGAGGCAAGAUACGCGGAGUUGGGAGAUCAGAGACAUUCGAUCAGAGACAGGCACCGACAGGCACACCAGCGAGACAUCUACAUCAUAUCUGCGCCUUUCCCCCUCCGCUCGCUUGA